UUCCUGGUACGUAUUUUCUGAAAACGCAAUUCCGAUAAUGAAACGCGUAGUUAUAUAAUCAGAUACGGAAUAUAAGCCAAUACAUCAUUUAAGAACCUGUUAUCUAACAGCAUUUUGAAAAAUGUACGGUUUCUUUAAAUGUUCUCAAUGCGGUCAAAAGUGGGAAAGUGCAAAGGUAUAUCCCAAAGGGAGGACAAAGUUGUAUUACGGACAGGAGUGUAAGAAGUGUAAGGUCAUGUGUCAACCGUACCGUGUUGAGGAGACCAUGUGCUCUUUGUGUGGGGAGGUGGCCAGGACGUGCGACUGCGACAAGACCCGUCACUCGGACCCCAACAAGCCGCACAGGAGCGACCUCUGUGAGAAAUGCAUGUCCGGUAAACCCUGUGACUAGCUUCCCAUUGAAUAGUGCGGUGAGAUUCGUUGACCCUUGCCAGGAACCUAUCACAUACGCAAAGCAUUGUCAACUCGUUCAGAAUGAUUUGAAUAAUAAGUUUCAGCAAACAGAUUAUGAUUGAUUUUGAUAGAAGUAAUGAUAAUGAUUAUAUUAGUAAUAUUGUUAUUAAUUUAUAGACGGUAACAUAUAAUGUAUGCAUAUAUAUAACAGUAUUCUUCGGUAUUAGACACAAUAAAAACAUAAAAUAUC